CGCACCUGUUCCACCUCUGAUUCUUUCUUCAUUUUACUUUUGCCAGUGACAACAGGAGAAAAAUGUUCAAGUCGUUCAUUUCGCUCUUUUAUUUUGGGCAAGCCAUGAAUGCAUUUGCCUCCUUCACCUGCCCAAGUGGACAGUUUGCUUUGAAAAAUCAGUGCUUCAACUGCCAUGCAACCUGCUGGGAAUGUCGUGGGCAUGAAGUCUUUGAGUGCACCAGAUGUGGCAUAGAUGAAAAUGGACAGGAGCGCUUCCUCCAUCGCGAUCGCUGCAGACUGCACUGUCCCAGAGGUUUUUAUUCAGAUCGAGACACCUUUACCUGCAAAACCUGCAUGCAAAACUGUGACCUCUGUAUUGAUGUGGACAUCUGUACUAAAUGCAAAGGAAACUACAGGCUGAAGGACGGAUCUUGUCAAACGAGAGAAUGUGAUGAAGGACAAGUGGAAGAUCCAGAAACAGGAGAAUGCAUUGACUGUGAAAUUGGAUGCAAAACUUGUUUAAAAGAUGAUCCAGAAUUCUGCAGCAGUUGCAUAGAAGGCUAUUUUUUGUACAGACAACAGUGCCGCCACCGCUGCCCACAGAAGACCUAUGAAGAUAAUGAAAGACACAUGUGCUUUGCAUGUCCAAAACACUGCAACGAUUGCAGAGGAGAAACACAAUGUUUUUCUUGCCAGGAUGGCUACUAUUUAAGUGAUGGAAUCUGUGUGGACCAAUGUCCGAAUGGCACCUAUGAGGACUCAAACAGCUGGCGUUGCGAGUCCUGCCACAGUUCCUGCCAAACCUGCAACGGACCCCUGGCACGAGACUGUCGAGUUUGUCCGGAUGGAAAUAUGCCAAUUUACGGCCAGUGCCCUUCUGUGAGCUGCAAGGAGGGACAGUAUCUGGAGGUCACAGAUGGCGGAUGCUACAGCUGUGAUUUUUCUUGUAUGACCUGUUUUGGACCCCAAGCCCUGGACUGCUCCUCUUGUUAUGUCGGCUUCUUUCUUGACCAAGAGGGUUCCUGUGUGGAGCAGUGCCCCCCAGGUUUCUUUGCCAACCCUGCCAGCCUUCUGUGUGAGGAAUGUGCCCCCAACUGUGAGACCUGUCAGGACUCCAUGGACAACUGUCUGAGCUGCAGGAAGGAUGGUUACAGCCUUUUCCUCUAUGAAGGCAGUUGCUGGUCUAACUGCCCAGAUGGUUACUUUGGAAGCCCUGAAGACACAUGCGAAGUCUGUGACAGCUUAUGCUUAACCUGUGAAGAAUCCAAAAGCAAGUGCUUAUCCUGUGUGCCAUACUUUUACCUGGAGAACGGCCAGUGCACUGCUAAUUGCUCCUACAACUACUACCCCGAUGAGGACGGGACCUGUCGACGCUGCCCGGCACAUUGUGAUUUGUGUAGAGAUGGAACAGGCUGCACAGAGUGCAGUUAUUUGUAUCUUCUGCUUGAUGGCAUUUGCAAGGCCACCUGCCCCGAGGGUUACUUUGAGGACUUUGACCAGGGGAAGUGUGUUCAAUGCCAUCCUACCUGUGCCACCUGCUCAGGGACCACCUAUAAUGACUGUGACAGCUGUUCUAUUUACUACCCCAAGCUGUAUGAAGGGCAGUGCUUUGAGCAAUGUCCUGAUGGUACCUAUGAACUCUCUUCAGAACAAUGUCAAGAAUGUGAUCAGACAUGCUCCAAGUGCACUGGGCCUGACCCGACUGACUGCACCAAAUGCAAAAAAGGAUUAGCCCUGGAUCCCAAUUCCAUGAUGUGCGGUGUGAUUGGAGAUUCCGAAUGUCCACCCAAGAUGUUCCUGCAUGAGAAGCUCUUCAGUUGUAUCGCCUGCCACGACUUGUGCGAAUCGUGCCACGGGCAAGAAUCUUAUGAUUGUGAUACCUGCCUUCUACCCAGCUACUUUUACAAUGGUUCCUGUCUGCCCGAAUGCCCGCCUGGCAUGUUUAAGUCGAGUGAAGAAGCCGACGGCGUAGAACUUGGCCUGUGCUCUCCAUGUGACCACGUCUGCGCCACUUGCACUGAUGCCUCCUCCAAAGACUGCCUCACUUGUGCCUCGGGAUUUGUCAAAUUCCAGAGCCUUUGUGUUGCAAAUUGUCCAAAUGGAUUCUAUCGAGGAAAGUCCCAGUGUGAGAAGUGUGACCCAUCCUGUCAGUCAUGUUCUGGACCAGGUCCCGAGGAUUGCUUGUGUCCCCCUCAAGCUUUUCAGUUGCAGGACACCAAGCUCUGCGCUGAGCGCUGCCCAGAGAGAUUCUACCAGGAGAGCCGAGUGUGCAAGCCGUGUCACUCCAGCUGCAAAACCUGUAAAGACUCAACACCACAGGGCUGCCUGACGUGCGACUGGGGAAGCACACUCCUGGACGGGGUCUGUUACCCUCGGUGUGCAGAGCAGAGGUACCUGUCCAAAAAAGAAAUUUGUGAGCUCUGUGACGACUCCUGCAGGCACUGCUUUGGUCCCAGUCCCAAUCAGUGUCUGACAUGUAAAGCUGACUUUGCGCUGCACCCAACGCAACGAAGGUGUAUAACGUGCUGCAACACGGAGACAAACCAGACAGACUGCUGCCUGUGCAACGGGAACUCAGCAUUCUGCAUUGAACAUUUGGAUCACAGCCAGGCAAAAAAUAUAAUUGUGGAAGAAAGCGAGGCCCUUGGAAUUUUGAACUAUUCGUCUUCCAUACCCACUGUAACGAUAAUGGUCAUCGCGUCAGGAAUUUUGAUCAUCGCACUUCUUCACGCCCGCUCAAGGAAAAAACUGUGCUGGAAACACAUGUACGAGAGGUUAGAUGGAAGUGGUGAAGCCAAGUCUUCAUACGACAUGGAGCAUGGUGUCCCGGACCCUGACGACAGCUCUGAUGAGACAGAUGUAGUCUACGCCAGCAAGGAUGGCACUAUAUUUCGACGUUACAACCUCAUAAAAGCUAACACUGAGAAGGAUGAAGAGUAUGAAGCGAAGAGCGCUUACUUAACCAAGUGUUAGAUCUUCUAGAGAGAGAGAGAGAAAAAUAAACUCUUCCAAUGUCCUUUUUUGUGGCCUAGUGUCUAGUCAGUUUAUUGACUCUUUAGGUGAAUCGUUUGACAUUUUUGGUUUUGGCUUCAAGCUAAUCGCUCAACCCUUCUAAGCAAGUACGUUGCCUGUUUUAAUUUUUUUAUCAAUCUCUUGUAUCUUUUUUCUUGUAAUGAACCGAUAUUUCUGACAUGGGAAAUAAGCAUCCAAUCUGUUGUCUUUUUAUAAGAGUUCUAUUAAAUAAUCGUUUUGACUCGC